AUGGCAUCAAAAAAGAAAGAACAGGAAAUAUUUGAAGAUGCUAAGGCUCUUGAUACUUUACAAAUAAAACGUUUAACAUUAAUUGGAAAACGAGAUAACAUAUUUUCUCGUAUGCAAGCACUUUAUAAUCACGCUUUAAACGCAUUGACUAAUGAUACUGAGAAAGAUUUGUUUUUAUGUAGCAUAAUUUCACUAGAACGUCUGCGUUCCGAAUUUAAUGAAAUUGUGGAUAAUUUAAAUGUCACAGAAUUAACUAUUAAUCCUGCCUAUGUAGUUAAUUACCAAAGCAUUAGUGCAUUCGAUGAUAUGUACUGCCGCUGUAAGUUUGUGUAUGAUACAAUUAAACCAUCGGUUAAAAAUGUGGAAACCGCAAAUUUUAAUGUUUUACCGCACCAUAAAUCUAUUCGUUUACCAGAACUCGAUUUGAUGGGGUUUUGUGGGGACCCUAUUAAGUGGCCAAUAUUUUACGAAUCAUUUAAACGGGCAAUUCACGAAAAUCCCGAUCUCACUGAUCACGACCGCGUGCAAUAUUUGAUAAACAAAUUGUCUGGUCGGGCGCUUUCGGUUUGUUCCGGAAUAGUUCCGAACGGCGACAACUACCGUGCUAUAUGGCAGACGCUCAUCGAUAAGUAUGACGACAAGCGCGCCUUGGCCGCAGCUUAUUUAGAUCAAAUGUUUGAAUUUAAAUCUUUUAACAACGCAACUAGUAAAAAUCUUGAUAUUUUCUUAGACAAGUUCUGUACGGCAGUAUCAAGUUUAAAAUCUCUUAAGCUUGAUGACUUGUCCGAUUUUAUUUUGUUACAACUCGCAUUAAAGAAAAUUGAUUCAAACACUGCACGGUCGUUCGAAAUAUUUAAGCGUGGUGCAUCCAUGCCUUUAUACAACGAUUUAAUUAAAUUCAUCCGCGAACAAAGUAAAAUAUUGGAACGUACUACACCGGUUUCGAAUUCUCGUAGUAAUGAUAACUACAAAUCUUCUAUAACUACAAAAUCUACGCACUCUUUUGCUACGUCAUACGUAACUAGUUGUCCGCUUUGUAAACAGAUUGACCACUGUAAUUUAUAUCGAUGCCCCGCAUAUAGUAAACUUUCAAUUGAUGAAAAAUUUGAUUUUAUAAAACAAAACAAGGGUUGCACUAAUUGUUUAAGUGUUUCUCACAGCAACAACGCUUGUAAUUCCAAAUUUAAUUGUCGUUUUUGCGGAUGCAAACAUCAUUCUUUGUUAUGCCGUAAAGUCCCGUUCCCGCGUGAAGGCCACCGCGCGCCUCCGAGCGCCGCGUCCAGUGCGAGCGCACUGCUUCCGCUUGAUAAUACCGUCACUCCUGCCCAGCGCACAAACGUUUGUUUAUCAAUGCAACAAAAUGUGUCGUAUCAUAAUAUUCAACCGGUUUCUAUGUCUAUUGCCAACAAUAAUAACACUUGUUUACUCGGUACGGUGCAAGUCUAUGCGACCGAUUCUAACGUCGAGAGAUACAAAAUUAUAGUAUCUAAAGGAAAAGAACCUUCGCAAUUUUUAUAUGUAGUACGUCCCGUGUUGAAAAUCGCAGAAUGA